AAUCUUGAAGAACAGAAGAAUAGUUACGGAAGGUGCACUUGAGAGGAGUGGAUUAAUUUUUACAGGUUAUGUUGUGACAAGUGUAAGAUGCAUUCCUAACUGACAAAGUACACGAAAUUAAAUGCAAUUGCUCUGAGGAAAUCUAAAGAGAAAUCGCUGGAGAGAGAAAAAGAUAGAGUUACCAUAUAAUAACUCAUUCGUCGCGUAGUAUAUAAUAAAUCGUAGAGGUUAUGACGUCACAUCGACCACAAUCGGCCCAUGAUUUUGACAAUUCAUGACAUAUGAUACACUUUCACGACGAGAAUGGACAAGUCCAAUCCCAAGGAGACUAUCAAUUUGCUCGACCUGCUGUCAGAAAGCGAUUCCGACAGCACCGACCUGAUCCUCGCACCACAGAAAAAGAAGAAAGUCAAACGGCGGCACAGGUCACGGAUCUUAUCUAGGACCAGACAUAAUAAUAAUUCUUAUGGAUGUAACAAGUCGGAUAUGCGGGUUGUAUCCCUGUGGUUGGCGGCGAUACUAAUUACAUUCUGGUUAAUCGCAUUAUCUUGGCUAGCAGCUAUAUUGUACGGCGAGAUUAAGAAAAUGGAUAUAUCCAUCAAGUCAGGUAAAUGCUACUUUAGUUCGCAUAACAAACAUACUUGUUAUCUUUAACUGGUAAGUAGGGACUGUCGAUCAAAUUGUCACAUGCCAAAUUAAAGUAUGAAAGGUUCUAAUUAAAUCUAUUUGCA